GUUUAAAUUUCAGAUUUAAUUCAUCUCACAGAAUGGGAGAGAGCACCAGAUCUUAUUCAAGUUUAACCCAGGAGACAUCUGGUUAUGUUGGGUUUGCAAACCUACCCAACCAGGUUCACAGGAAGUCAGUUAAGAAAGGAUUUGAGUUUACUCUAAUGGUGGCAGGAGAGAGUGGUCUCGGUAAAUCAACAUUGAUCAAUUCCCUUUUCCAGACAGACCUGUAUCCUGACAGUUACUAUAUUUCAAGUUUUAUUAAUUUUAUUGUGUUCAGAUACUUGAAGGAUGAAAGUGGGUUGAACAGGAAGAAUAUUAUUGAUAAUCGUGUACACUGCUGCUUCUACUUUGUAUCUCCCUACGGACAUGGUCUCAAACCUUUAGAUAUAGAUUUCAUGAAGCAGUUGUCUAACAAGGUAUCUAUAGUACCCGUACUGGCCAAGUCUGACUGCCUGACUGCAUCUGAGAUAAAGAAAAUGAAAACAAGAAUUCUCGACGAGAUUAAGGAGAACGGUAUCCGUAUCUACAAUCUACCGGAUUGUGAUACAGACGAGGAUGAAGAGUACAAAGUACAGGUUGGACAGUUGAGAGAAUCCAUACCCUUCGCUGUUAUUGGAGCUAACGCUUCGGUAGAGGUGGCUGGGAAGAAGGUUCGAGGACGGCAGUAUCCCUGGGGUGUUGUUGAUGUUGAGAACCCGGAGCAUUGUGAUUUCAUCAAGCUUAGAACUAUGCUGAUCACACACAUGCAGGACCUUCAAGAGGUUACUCAUGAUGUUCAUUACGAAAACUUCCGUUCCCAGCGGUUAUCUCGUGGUGGCUCUGCCACAUCCGGCAAAUCCUUCGCUCCGGAUACUACAGAUAAACUUCUGGCGGAAAAGGAUCAGGAACUUAAACGAAUGCAGGAUAUGUUGGCGAAAAUGCAAGAACAGAUGAAGCAACAGAGUACAUCAAAUCUAGCAAACUACUAGUUCCAAACUGGUUCUAAACUGGUUCUAAACUGGUUCAAAACUUGUUUCGACAAAAAAAACAUUAAAUGGCAGAGUCCAUGAGUUUCAAUCUUAAAUCAAACUAGAACAGCAAAGUGUUAUUGUGAACAAAUGUAUCAUUUACUCCCCCGAAGGAUUUAAUGAUAAGCCCAUAGGGGUUAAAAUUUCCUUUAAUUCUAGACUUUCUAAGUGUAAAUGACAUUUCUAUUCAAAGAGUUGGUUUUUACAUAGACGGGUCCUUCAUAAUUACGUUUUCAUAUUAGCGGGAUUCAUUAAAAACUGUUGCACACUAAAAAGAAUGUGAGUGAGUUCACUGACCAUUUCAUUACAAACAUCUAUAAUUUUGAGUUCCUGUUGCAAAUGGAGUGUAAAUAAAAUAUUUUUUUGUCACUAAACAAUUUUGAGUUUUAAAGUUGAACAAUAAUUUUGAUAAAGAGUUAUUCUCCGAAUUCAGAACGCAUUUUAGAAUAUAACAGAUUCAUAAACUUGCAAAGGUUUACUAAAGCACUCCCAACUGGGAUAGCGAAUCUACUACUCCAAUCUGGUAAAAACGGCCUCAAAUUUAGCAACUACCCGUGAAUAAAAAAUCUUUUUUAAAAUUAAUUUAGUCUUUUAAAACUGCCUUUGUAAAAACAUUUGUAUUUGAACUUUAUUAAACAAAAACAAUAUUUUCUUUGGUUUUAUUUUACCAUAGUUUAAUGUUUAUCAAAGUAUUAAAUAAGUUCUUCGGGAUAAAAUUUCAACAAAAAGAAAUGUUAAAUUUUCACCAUCAGGUUGCAAAGAUAAAGGGAAUUAGAAAAUGUUUGAAAGCAGAGUUUGAUUUUAUUUGAACUUGAAAAGCCUUUUAUAGUAUGAUGGUUGAUUGUUUGUUUGUUUGUUUAUAGUAUACAAACAUAACACAAGUUGUAAAAUAGUUAAACUGACGAACCAAAGUAUCUUUUUCUGAUAUAUCUUCUAACGCAUUGUAGUUAUAAAUACCGUUUUAAGCCUUAUGUAAUAUGUAUAUUGUAUAUAUAUACAUUAUACAAAGCCUGUUUAUAAGAACAUAUUUUGUAAUUUCGUGGAUUUCUUCAUUUUGUACACCUGCGCACGCACGCACGCACGCACGCACGCACGCACAAGGGUUCAUAGUAUAAAUCAUUGCAGGGGCGUUAAAUUAUAGAAGAAUGUGGGAAGGGAGUCGUUGUAAAGAUUCCUGUAGAC